CCGCCAUCAUCCUCGACCAUCGCCAACCUCGACCAUCGCCAACCUUGCUAUCCCGACUAUCCGCCGGCGUGUCCACCGCAUCUCUGCCUGUCUCUGCGACUGCGUCCGUCAUGGCUACCGUCUCCUCCUCCUCGCGCCUCUUCCAGCCCCGGCCGUCGGUCCAGCCCUUUGUCGAUGCAACCAACACCGUCCCUGCCUCGUCCGCCCACAGCAAUCCGCCGCGUACUCCCGGCAAGCAGCUCCGAUCCGCCAUCAUCGGCACAUCAUCGGUCUCGAAUGCUGCCUCCAGCCGCCUCGUUGGCGCCCUCCAGCCACCAUCGUCGGUCGAUCUCGAGUCUGACCUGCAAUCCGUCCUCAACGACACCGUCCAGAUGAGCACCGCCCUGUGUUCGGCCAUCGAGUCGUGGGUCCAGACCAGGAACAAGGAGCAUAUUGAGAAAAAGUCAACGCAUCUGCAAGAGUCUCUCGACAUCAAAGAAACCGCCUCGCAACUCCAGAGUCAGCUUGAAGAAUGCAACACACAAAGGGCCGAUAUAACCCGAAAUAUGGAGCUCGAGAAACGAGACUACGACCGACAGGUCGAGAGCUCCAAGUCUGCACAGAAGCAGCUUGCGACUGCGACCGAGCGCCAGAAAGAAGCUGCCCACAAAAUUGCCCUGCUUAAAUCUAAAAUUGAACAGCAGAAGCUGGCCCUGCGGGAAAUCCGGAAACGAAAGGAGGCCGAGCACCAGAAAUACGAGCCCCAGCUCGAGGCGUACGAAAGCUUUCUCCAUCUCAAGAUACACACCCUUCAGCAGGACCGGAUCUCAUUCGUGUUCACACACAUCAACGAAUCCAACUGGGAUUAUCCGUUUUCGUUUGUCGUGGAUAUCAACGACCGCAUGUUCAGUGUGUCCGAAUGCCAGCCCAACAUCCCGAGCUUGCCCGCAAUCGUCAAGUGGCUCAACGAGACUCGCGACUUUUACGCCUUCCUCAAGGUCAUGCGAAAAGCCUUUGUUGAAUACAACAAGGCUGCGAAUGAUGCCAAGAAGCCCUCGUAAAACAAUCGCCCGCUGUCGGUCUCGAGACACCGAGCCAGGUCUCUUGAAUUGCCAAUAUACGCCAUGACGUGAUUCCCGGAUGGUGCGGACGAGUCAGGCAAAGGGCC